AGCUGUUGGCAUUCGAGAAAGAAAGAAAUAAGCAAAGUGUGAACGAAGGCAACAUAUUUAUUAUAAAAAAGAAUAAAAAAAAAAACGCCAAGAAAAAAAAAGGAAAGUGCAUUUUCAAAGAGAUAAAAAGUUAAAAAAUCUACAAUUUAUUAUCCGAAAAAAAAUCCGAGAUCAAAACGUAUCUUUCCAUGGAUAUUUGAAAAAAGCAAACAAGAUUCAUAUCCGCAAUUGCGUUUUUAGAAAACAAAACAAAAAAAAAAAAACAAAAACUUCUUGUGAUAAAACAAAAAAACAAUUGAAAGCAAAAAAAAAAAAAAACUAAACCGUGAAUGUGUUUAAAAAAUACAAACAAACAAAAAAACAAUUUUAAAACAAAUCAACAAAAAAAAAAAAACAAAAACUUAAAACAAAAUAAUAUAAUGACAAGUGCAUUAUAAAAAUCUUCAAUUUAUCAUUUUUAUAUUAAAAACGGUGAAUUGUGAAAAAAAGUUAAUAAAACAAAAAACAAUAAUUAACAAAACAAAAGCAGCAUAAGCAAACGAUUUUAAUAUUUAUAUAAGUAUAUUUUGUAUAGAAAGUAACAACAAUAAAUAUAUAAAAAAAUAAAUAUUUUAUGUUCUUGAAUGUAACCAACUAAUUAAGAAUAAAAAAAUAUAAAUAAAUAAAAUAAAACUCAAAAAACAAUACAUCCGUCGGAAACCGAACUAAAUUAAAAAAAUCUUAAAUUAAUAAACUAAUUAUAUAUAUCAGCCCGGACUUUUUUUCCGACUCGACGCGAGAACAUAAUAAAAAAAAUUAUAAAACAAAAAAACUAGAAGAUCAGAAGCGAAGGAGUUAGAGAAGUUUUCAUUUUUGUGAAAACAAUAUAGCCAAUAAGUUUACAAGAUGAUGACAGAAAUAAACGCGGCCAAUCACCUGAAUAACAUUGGCACGCCAAAAAGCAUGGUCAACGAGAAGGCUCUUGUUGCGACAUCUCUCAGCGAUGACAUGGGCUGGAAAGCUAAACUAAAAAUCCCGCCAAAGGAUAAUAGGAUUAAGACUAGUGAUGUUACUGACACCCGUGGUAAUGAAUUUGAGGAAUUUUGUUUGAAACGUCAACUUCUGAUGGGAAUAUUUGAAAAGGGCUGGGAAAAACCAUCGCCCAUUCAAGAAGCAGCAAUUCCCAUCGCCCUCAGUGGGAAGGAUGUGCUGGCCCGUGCCAAGAACGGUACCGGCAAAACUGGUGCGUACUGUAUUCCCGUGCUGGAACAAAUCGAUCCCUCCAAGGAUAUCAUUCAGGCCCUUGUUAUUGUGCCCACGAGAGAACUGGCCCUGCAGACUUCACAAAUUUGCAUUGAAUUAGCAAAACAUUUAGAUAUUAGAGUUAUGGUGACAACUGGUGGUACCAAUUUAAAAGAUGAUAUUUUGAGAAUAUACCAAAAGGUACAACUAAUUAUUGCGACACCGGGUCGUAUUUUGGACUUAAUGGAUAAGAAAGUGGCCGAUAUGUCAAACUGUAGGAUUCUUGUGCUGGACGAGGCAGAUAAACUUUUAUCACUAGAUUUUCAAGGCAUGCUGGACCAUGUUAUAAUGAAACUGCCGAAAGAUCCACAAAUUCUGCUAUUUUCGGCCACAUUCCCGCUCAGUGUUAAAAAUUUUAUGGAAAAACAUCUACGCGAACCCUACGAGAUUAAUUUGAUGGAAGAACUAACACUUAAGGGUGUUACGCAAUAUUAUGCUUUUGUGCAAGAACGACAAAAAGUCCAUUGCUUGAAUACGUUGUUUUCGAAAUUACAAAUCAAUCAAUCGAUUAUAUUUUGCAAUUCGACGCAGCGUGUCGAAUUGCUUGCCAAAAAGAUCACCGAAUUGGGAUACUGCUGUUACUACAUACACGCUAAGAUGGCGCAAGCGCACAGAAAUCGGGUUUUCCAUGACUUCCGACAGGGGCUAUGCAGAAAUUUAGUCUGUUCUGAUUUGUUUACACGUGGUAUUGAUGUACAGGCUGUGAAUGUUGUUAUUAAUUUUGAUUUUCCACGAAUGGCUGAAACAUACUUGCAUCGUAUUGGUCGUUCAGGACGAUUUGGACACUUGGGUAUUGCCAUCAAUCUAAUUACCUACGAGGAUCGUUUCGAUUUACAUCGUAUUGAAAAAGAACUUGGAACUGAGAUUAAACCAAUUCCAAAGGUUAUCGAUCCAGCUCUCUAUGUUGCCAAUGCAUUAACUGCCGGAAAUGGCAAUACCGAUUUGAAUAAUUCAACCAACGAAGAAGUCAAUGUGAGCAAGUGAAACGAAAUAAACACCGAUUUAUAACAACACAUGAAUCAAUAUUAUUAUCAUCAUAAUCAUUAUUAUCAUCAUCAUCAACACAAACAUUAUCAUCAUCAAGUACCACAACAACAACAAUUUCAACUACAACAACACCAAAACGAACAACAACAUCAACAACAACAACGUUCUAAACACAAUUUUUCAAAAUACUAAAAAUUAAAAAAGAAAGCAAAAAAUACAAAAAAGAGGAAGAAGAAAAAAAAUAGAAGAUUUAUAAACUAAAUUAAAAAACAGAUUAAAAAAAUCCAAAAUUAAUCGCUAAAUUAUACAUAAAAUGAAUAAAUAAACUUAAAAAAGAAAAAUAAACAAUGAAGUGCAAGUUAUAGUGAUUUUAUCUGUUUUCCCCCCCUUUAAAAAAUAAAAUACAAAACGAAAAAAAAACCAAUAAAACAAACAUUUCAAAAACAAAUACAAAAAUAUAUGUUUUUUCUUAAAAAAAAAUUAAGUGAAAACGAGAUUUCAAAAAAACUCAAAAUAUACAAUCAAGCUUCCAAAAACUCUAAACAGAGAAGCAAAUUGAAAGUUGAAAAACACCUCAACAACAACAACAAGAAAGAAAAAAAAAAACUUAUUUGCGGCCAAUUUUUCUAUAAAAGCUAAGGCAUUGUGUUGAAAAUAAAUUAAAUGGGUUGGUGAAUUGGAAAAUUAAAAAGAAAACUAAUCUUUUUUUUAAGCUUUUUUUCUAAUUUGUAUGAAUGUGUAAUAAAAAAGGAAUUAAAUAAAAAAAAUAAAACAAUCGAGUAUUAAAAAUAAAAAAACAAGCAGUUUUAAAGCUAUACAAAAAAUAAAGGGGCAAUAGAUUUCGCCGUUUUCUAUGCGUCCCCUUCCGGCGACAAAAGUAAAAGGAACAAACAAAACAAAAAAUGUCUCGAUAACUUUUUUCUUUUUUUUUUUUAAAUUUAAAUUAUGUUUAAGCUUGCGUGUGAUGGAAGAAGAAGAAUUUAUGAAACUUAAUUGAAAAAAAUAAAGUAUCUUGUGAUCUGUAAAGUACAUAAAAAACUUUUCAAAUAAAAAGAAAAAAAAAACCAACGGGCUAGGUAAAUUCCGAAAUAAAAAUUAGCAAUUCUCUGUAACGUUUUUCAAUUCAAUCAAAAAACCAAAUCAAUCAAUCCGGGAGUUAGAACAUAAUUUUAACGCACAAAAAAUUAAAAAAAAAAACAACUACUGGCUGUUUCUAAAGUAUACAAAAAAACAUGAGUGAUCUAAACGUUGCGCGUUCUGCAUGUGAUGGUAUAUAUAAAAAAAAACAACAACACAAAAUUGUGCAAAAUCUCCAAACCAGCCCAUCAAAGAACAAAGAUCUCAAAAAAUCAAGCAGAUAUCAUUUUAUUAUUAAUUAAAAUAACAAUUCAUUAUUUCAGCUAUCAAAAAAAAAAAAAAAAAAAAAAACAGCCAACGUUAUUUAAAAAAAAACAUCUUUUUAACUUUUGCCAAACCCUGAUCAUUAACAUACAUUUUUUUUUUUUUAAUUCAAAUAUUUAUUAUUUUUUUAAACUUUUCCGUUUGGUCAGCUAUGCAAUAAUUAUUGAAAAAAAAAACAAAAACAAAUCAAGUAUAUUAUUAUAUAUUUUUUUAAAUUUUUAGUAUUUUUUAGGGAAAUCUAAAUUGUUGAACAAUAAAUAAAUAAAUAAAAAUAAAACAAAUCAAGAAGGAUGAAAAAAAAAAUCAUGUGCAAUUUUUAUUAAAUUGAAAAGUUUUAAUAUAUUUUUUUGUUUAUGCAUUCUUUUUACUGGCAUGAAAAGAGAAAGAAAAAAAAAGAAAAAUAAUUUUCAUUUAUAUAUUUUAAAUUUUAAAACGAAUUAAUUAAUAACUUUUCAAUUUAAUAAAGAUUAUUUUUAAUAAAAUUAAAUAAAAUAAAAAAAAAUCAAGAUAAAAAAUCAAAUUGCCAUUUUUAAACAGCGCAGGUCUCUGUCCCCCCAAAAAUUAAAUUUAUAAAGAAUAUAAAAAAAAAUUAAAUCAAUGAGAAAAAAAUAAGUAUGUAGUAGAAUCAUUGCAGUUCUUUUUUUUUUAAUUUAUGAUUCCGUUAAUUCAUUUAUUCAAUUAUUGUAAUAGUUUCUUUUUUUUUUAAAUUGUACACAAAUAUUAUUGAAUCAAAAAAAAAUGUUAUAUUUUCCAUAAAGAAACAAAAACAAGAGAAUCUUAUCCAUAGUCCCUGUUAUUAAAAAAAAAAAAUAAAUAAAAACAAAAACAAAUGAACAAGAAUAAAAAAAAAAAAAAAACAAAACAUACA